AGAGACCGUUCAGGAUGUCCGACACACCGCCUAGCGCAAAAACACCCAACGAUCCCUCCACCCCCGCGCCCGAGGAACCCAAUGCACCCUCGAAAAGUUCUGCCAAAAAGGAGGCGAAGAGGCUAGAGAAGGAGGCAAAACUCGCUGCCAAGCAGGCAAAGGUCAUUGCUAACACACCGGCCGGUGACAAGAAGGCAAAAGUCACGAAGGAGAAGAAGGAAGCUGAGGCUGCCUUCGUUAACCUCACGCCAAAGGGAGAGAAGAAGGACCUCUCUGAGCCUAUGGCUGCCGGUUACAACCCCAUCGCUGUCGAGGCUGCAUGGUACGACUGGUGGGAGGCACAAGGCUACUUCAAGCCCCAGUUGACCAAAGAGGGCACCGCCAAACCAGAAGGUCUUUUCGUCAUCCCUGCACCUCCCCCGAACGUUACGGGUAGUCUGCACAUGGGCCACGCCCUCACUAUCGCCCUUCAAGACUGUUUGAUUCGAUGGAAUCGCAUGCUGGGCAAGACCACUCUCUACGUUCCUGGCUUCGAUCACGCUGGAAUAUCAACUCAGUCCGUCGUUGAGAGACGCCUUUUCAAGAAGGAGGGCAAGACGCGUCAUGACCUCGGACGCGAAAGGUUCUUGGAGACUGUCAUGGACUGGAAAGAAGACUACCAAGCACGUAUCACGAACCAAUUGCGUCGGCUUGGAGGUAGUUUCGACUGGGACCGUGUCGCGUUCACCAUGAACCCUAUGCUCUCAAAAGCUGUCGUUGAGACUUUCUGCCGGCUCCACGAGGAUGGAAUCAUAUACCGCGCCAACCGUCUCGUCAACUGGUGUGUCAGGCUAAACACCACUCUUUCCAACCUCGAGGUCGAUCAAAAGCAGUUGACGGGACGAACAAUGCUUAACGUUCCUGGAUAUGACCCGAAAGAGAAGUUCGAGUUCGGUGCCAUCACGUCGUUUGCGUACCAAAUAGAGGGCUCAGAUGAGAAGAUCAUUGUUGCUACGACGCGUCCGGAGACUAUGCUUGGAGAUACUGCUAUUGCUGUUCAUCCUGCAGACCCCAGGUACACGCAUCUGCAUGGCAAAUUUGCUCUUCACCCUUUCGUGGACCGUCGGAUACCCAUUGUCGCGGACGACAUCGUUGUUGACAUGGAGUUCGGUACCGGCGCUGUCAAGAUUACGCCUGCUCAUGAUCCCAACGAUUAUGAUGUCGGCACGCGGCAUAAACUUGAGUUUAUUAACAUCCUCAAUGACGAUGGUACCUUGAAUGCCAACGCCGGCGAGAAAUUCAAGGGCAUGAAACGAUUCCAUGCCCGUGUUGCCGUCAUCAAAGCCCUUACGGACGCUGGUCUGUUUAUUGAGACAAAGGACAACCCUAUGCAGAUUCCUAUCUGCAGUAAAUCUGGAGAUAUUAUCGAGCCCGUCUUGAAGCCUCAAUGGUGGGUUAACUGCCAGCCAUUGGCGGAGGCCGCGCUCCAGCGUACAAAUGCCGGGGAACUCGAGAUCAACCCCAAGCAAUCGGAAGGUGACUGGCAUCGCUGGCUCGGUGGUAUCCAGGACUGGUGUAUCUCUCGUCAGCUCUGGUGGGGACACCGGUGUCCAGCGUACUUUGUCCGUAUUGAAGGAAAUCAGAAUGACGUUAAUGACGGCAAGAACUGGGUUGUCGGCCGGACGCUUGAGCAGGCGACUGAGCGCGCGAAGGUUGUUGCCGACGGCGCCAAGUUCACACUCGAGCAGGACGAAGACGUGUUGGAUACUUGGUUCUCUUCUGGUUUGUGGCCGUUCUCGACCUUGGGUUGGCCAGAGAAGACUGCGGAUAUCCAGACAUUCUACCCAACCAGCGUCUUGGAGACCGGAUGGGACAUCCUGUUCUUCUGGGUCGCCCGUAUGGUCAUGCUCGGUAUCUACCUCACGGACAAGGUUCCCUUCUCCGAAGUGUACUGUCACGCCAUGAUUCGCGAUGCACACGGACGGAAGAUGAGCAAGUCGCUCGGCAACGUCAUCGACCCCAUCGAUGUUAUCCAAGGACUGCCUCUCCCGGAUCUGCACAACAAGCUGUAUGAGGGCAACCUGGACGAAAAGGAGGUUCAGAAGGCGAUUGUUGGCCAGAAGAAGGAUUAUCCGAAGGGCAUUCCGGAAUGUGGGACUGAUGGGUUGCGGUUCGCGCUAUGUGCGUACUCUGGGGGAGGACGUGACAUCAACUUGGAGAUUCUUCGCGUUGAAGGAUACCGAAAGUUUUGUAACAAGAUCUUCAACGCCACGAAGUUUGCUAUGCUCAAGUUGGAGGGCGAUUUUAUCCCGGAGCCUAUUGCUAAGCCGACUGGAAAGGAAAGUCUGGUGGAGAAAUGGAUCCUUCACAAGCUCAACAUCGCCGCGACGGAGGUCAACAAGACACUCACGGAACGUAACUUCAUGGCGGCCACCAACGCCGCUUACAACUUCUGGUUGUAUGAGCUCUGCGAUGUUUACAUCGAAGCGAUGAAACCCAUGACAGAUGCCUCGGCGUCGGCAGAAAGACGCGUUUCUGCUCAGCAGACGCUGUACACAUGUUUGGACCAUGGCCUCCGUUUGCUUCAUCCCUUCAUGCCAUUCGUGACUGAGGAGCUUUGGCAACGCUUGCCGCGUCGCCCUCAAGACAGCACGCCAUCUAUCAUGUUGGCGCCGUACCCGCAGAAUGACUCGGCAUUCGAGAAUUCCGACGCUGAGAAGGAUUUCGACACUGUCUUCUCCGUGCUUCGUACGGGACGGUCGUUGGCGGCGUCUUACAACUUGCAGUCGAACAUACAGAUCUUCAUUCACGUGCAGAACCCGAACGAUCAAGCUCUCAUGGAUGAUCAUGUCUCCACCAUCGUUGCUCUCACCAAGGGCUGCACUAAAGUUACCGUUGUUCGGGAUAACACUGAGAUACCACCGGGAUGCGGGUCUGCUGUUGUCACGUCGAAAAUAACCUCCCACGUCCUUGUUCGGGGCUUGGUCGACCUAGAUGCUGAGAUAGCCAAAUGCGACAAGAAGCUGGAUCUUGCGCGGCUCAACCUUGGCAAGCUGGAGAAGAUCUUGUUGCAAGCUGACUACGCCACUGCUGUUCCUUUGACAGUUCAGGAGGCAAAUGCUGAGAAGAAAAACACUCUCGAGGCUGAGGUAUCUAACUUGCAACAGUCCAAGGACAUGUUCAUGGCUCUGAAAUGAUUGUAGCAUCUGUAUAUCUCAACUUGAGUCCACACAUUGUUUUGUAGUCUGAUAUCCAUAUGUACUAACUUUAGCAAUUUUACUAAUAUGGAUUAGAGGUGAACUAGCACCGGAUUUUUGAC